ACCUGCACCACACAACCGGUCCCCCUUUCCUGUUCGCUUGCCGAUGGCCGCCCAUGGGAGAAAUUCCACGACCCCUUCUUUCCUUCCUUUCCCCACGGCUCGGCUCCUGCUCCCCUCCUCGCGCGGCUGCACGCACUGGGCUGGAUGAGGUACCAUCAACCACCUGCACCCCCCUCGCAUCCCCGUAUCGCCGCGGUGCCUCCAUGUCUUGGGUCUUCCCAAAUCAUGUUACUGCAUCCAAAAGGUGUACCGUAUGGAUACAAACACACACGCCGCAUGAGGUGCCGCACUACACCAUUGUAGUUACUACUACCUCAUUGCUGGAGACAACCUACAACACUAGAGAGUGCCUGCCGCGGCAAGACUUCCCUUCCCAUCCCAUCCCGUCUCAUCGGCCACGACGGUUCUUGCUGGCUGUUGAUAGCGAGUUGACUUCCAGGUUCGCCCUUUCCCCAAAGUUACCUGAGCUGAAGGCUACGACUUCCUCGCAUCGGGUUGGCCGCUCGCCCUGCUUUUUGCCCUGCGUGGUCUGGUUCCGGGCGGCGUACCUUCCUCUUGUACCCUGGUCUGCCAUAGUGGUGUUUAUUUCCCCCUUGUCGGCUGUUGGCGAGACAUGCCCGUGGUUGAGCAUCCCGUCCGUCCUUGGCCCUUGACGGAGGAAGAGGAGACACCAUCGUCAAGCGGAGAAAGCCCCAAAAAGCCGCCGACGUGUGUUGUUGCUCUCUCUCCCGUCUCUCUCUCUUUUUCUUUCAUGGUGCUUGCCUGCCCGGUGAUGGGCAAAUGAUGGGGGUGGGCGUGCUCCCAUUCCCAUCCACCCCGUCCCGUCCAUUGUCAGUCAGCCUGUCUCUCAUAUUACCUUACCUGAGGUUC